UAAACAAAAUUUACUUGAUGUACAAAUCCAGGUCUGUCUGACAGCUCGCAGAGUUAGCGGUCUUCUUUUCUGUUGUGUAUCCGCGGUUGGUGACAACAGCUGAGCCUGCACGGGGAUAAUAUUCACCUGUUUUUACAGUAACACCUGCGAGAAGUUGCCCGACCGAGCUACAGUUACUUUUUAACGGCCGCUCACAGCUGCUCUGGGGGGCGGAGUGUCCGCGGAGUGCUGCGCCGAUUGGGGCGCCCAUUCGGGGGAAGAGAGAUGGCGUGCUUGUUGGAGGCCCCGCUCCGCAUCAGUGUCCUGUCCGAAGUCACCGCCACCAGUCGCCAUUAUGUUGACAGACUGUUCGACCCCGACCCACAGAAAGUGCUGCAGGGAGUCAUUGACAUGAAGAAUGCUGUCAUAGGAAACAACAAGCAGAAGGCCAAUCUGAUCGUCCUCGGAGCUGUACCGAGGUUACUCUACCUGCUGCAGCAGAGCUCGUCCAGUCUGGAGUUGAGGACGGAGUGUGCGGUGGUGCUGGGCAGCCUCGCCAUGGGCACCGAGAACAACAUCAAGUCCCUGGUGGACUGUCACAUCAUCCCUGCCCUUCUUCAAGGUCUCUUGUCUCCGGACCUGAUCUUCAUUGAAGCUUGUCUUCGGUGUCUCAGAACAGUCUUCAUCAGUCCAGUCACCCCCGUGCAGCUGCUCUACACUGACCCCACUGUGAUCCCUCAUCUAAUGUCUCUACUGAGCAACUCUCAGAGAACCCAGGAGUACAUCACACAGAUCUUCUCCCACUGUUGUAAGACUCCGGAGCACCAGACGGUUCUGUUCAACCAUGGCGCCAUCCAGAACAUCGCUCCUCUGCUAAUCUCCCCCUCUUAUAAGGUCCGGAUGCAGGCGUUAAAGUGUUUCUCAGUCCUGGCCUAUGAGAACACUCAGGUCUCCAUGACACUAGUGAAUGUGCUGGUGGAUGGCGAGCUGCUCUCUCAGGUAUUUGUCAAAAUGAUGCAAAGGGAUCAACCCAUUGAAAUGCAGCUAACAGCAGCCAAAUGUCUGACGUACAUGUGUCGAGCCGGUGCCAUCAGGACAGACGACAGCUGUAUAGUACUAAAGACGCUGCCGUGUCUCGUGCGGAUGUGCAGUAAAGAACAUUUGCUCGAGGAGAGGGUGGAGGGAGCCGAGACGUUGGCCUACCUGAUGGAGCCCGACGUGGAGCUGCAGAGGAUCGCCAGCACAACCGACCACCUGGUGGCCAUGUUGGCCGACUACUUCAAAUACCCCAGCUCGGUGUCGGCCAUCACUGACAUCAAGAGGCUGGACCACGACCUGAAACAUGCACACGAGCUGAGACAAGCUGCUUUCAAACUCUACGCCUCACUCGGCUCCAACGACGAGGACAUCCGCAAAAAGAUCACAGAAACAGAGAACAUGAUGGACAGGAUAGUUAGCGGCCUAUCAGAGUCCAGCAUUAAAGUCCGUUUAGCGGCUGUCAGGUGUCUUCACAGUCUGUCUCGAUCGGUGCAGCAACUGAGGACCAGCUUCCACGAUCACGCAGUGUGGAAACCCUUAAUGAAGCUGCUGCAGAACGCCCCAGAUGAAGUCCUGGUCAUGGCUUCUUCUACACUAUGCAAUCUACUGCUGGAGUUCUCGCCCAGCAAAGAGCCCAUCCUGGAGUCCGGGGUGAUUGAAUUACUAUGCAGUUUGACCCAGAGCGACAGUUCUGCACUGAGGGUCAACGGGAUCUGGGCCCUGAUGAACAUGGCGUUUCAGGCGGAUCAGAAGGUGAAGGUGGAGAUUGUUCGGUGUUUGGGUACAGAACAGUUGUUCCGCCUGCUGUCGGACCCCGACACCAACGUCCUCAUGAAAACUCUUGGUUUGCUGCGGAAUCUGCUGUCAACACGUCCGCACAUUGACCAGAUCAUGAGCUCUCACGGGAAGCAGAUCAUGCAGGCGGUGACCCUCAUCCUGGAAGCAGAGCACAGCAUCGAGGUCAAAGAGCAGACGCUGUGCAUCCUCGCCAACAUCGCCGACGGCAACACAGCCAAGGAACUCAUCAUGACCAAUGACGACAUGCUCCAGAAAAUCAAAUACUACAUGGGGCAUUCGAAUGUGAAACUGCAGCUCGCCGCCACUUUCUGCAUCUCAAACCUUAUCUGGAACGAAGAGGACGGUUCUCAGGAGCGUCAGGACAAGCUGAGGGAGAUGGGCUUCGUGGACGUUCUGCACAAACUGACCCAGGCCUCAGACCCCAACCUCAGUGACAGGGCGAAGACGGCGAUGCAGCAGUACCUGGCAUGACUACAGUGGGCAGCGAUCCUCUACUGCCAGCAGAACUAAUAACUGUCGGGAGGACACCUGCCACUGGUUCUUUCAUUUCUCGUUUCGUUUAACCUUGAGGCUCCUUUUGUUGCACAAAGACACCUUCUUUGGACCUGUGGCUGACCUCCCCUCACCUCCCUCCAGCACCUCAGCCCAGCCUCAGCGGUUCUGCUCACUCCUAAGCUCCUCUCGGAGACUCUUGCAGCGCCGUUGUUGGGAAGACAACGGUUCGGAGGGAGUCACUUGUUUUUUGUUUUUUUAGGUUUUUUUUCUUUUUCUUUCUUGAAGUGAAUCCUUUUGGGACUUUGUGAUUUGCAAUCUUUGGGGGGGUUUGGAGCCGCACGACACCACCAGCACCAAUGUUUCGGUGGGUUUGGACUCCUGGUUUGUGGAGAUUCUGGUCUCAGAGAACUGAUUACAACAGCAGAGCUGACGGACAGCAAAGCUUUCCCGGUUUUAUUUUUUUAAUUUUGAAUUAAUGUUUCCUUCAGGCAUCGCAGAGCAAGGACACAUUUGGAGUAAAAACAAACACAGACUGCCUAUUUUGAAAUUUUGGGUGUUUUCUUUUUGUGGAUACAUACCUCGUAAAUAUAUAAAUAUAUAUAAAUAUAAACAUAAAUAUAUAUUUUUGGAUUUUUAUUUUCCCCCGACUCUCCUGUUUGUUUUCGUCCCCUCUGAAGUUGGUGAUGUCGACAGCGAGGUGAACUCUCUGUGGCCCGAUCAUGUACCUGAACAUCGUCUGUGGAGGCUGAUUAGAGACAGAAAUGUGAUUUUUUUUUUUUUUUUUUCUCCCCUCCCCCCCCCCCUCAAUUUGUCUUGUUUAGUUUCCUCACCGCUGUGGUGCUGCGUGCACUGGAGCCUGUCACUUCUGUUCAGCAUCCUUAUGAUCCCAAUGGGAAAUGUAGAGUUAAUACUUGUUACUCUGACCUGCCCAGGUGUGUUAUGAACAGGCACGAGGACACAGAACAGAGGAUCCUCGUAUCCUCACACCUCUAAAUUGUGUCUGUUGCUGUCUCUGCAUUCUGUGCAGCCCUCGAUGCUCUGUGUGUUGGUCAAAAAGGGAUAAAUGAAGCUCCUGGCUUUUUGUCCUCUGAGGACGGACGGAGAUGGAAGAAAUAAAUGAAGAACCGUUUGGCCCCUGGAGGGUGAAGCAUCAAGUGCAUCCACAGCAGCAGAAUCAAGUGUUUCAUCCCUCUGUUAUAUAAUUUCUUCUCCCAUCGGGAUAUUUCUAGAGUGUUGUUCCCUGACAUUUCAAACAUUACUGAAGCUCUGAUAGAAUGAAUGUUCAUCAUUAAAAAUAUAUGCAGACCUGAA